UACAUUCAGAAUAGAAAAUUUGUAAUGGUUGUUAGUAGUUGCAUGGUUGCAGAAAGUCACAGCUUCGAGAAAUAUCGAGAAAAUACUACAAAAAUAGUUCGAGAUGAAUCCUUUAAUAUAUACGAAAACUUUGAUGAAUUCACAUGGAAGAAUUAUUAGGCAGCAUUGGUAUCUAAAAUCAUGGUACAGUAAUAAUCAUACAAAUUGUAUCCCAAGUGUCAUUUAUAUAGAUGUAAAGAGGCCAACAUACAAUCAAAUUUUAAUAGAGUCUACCUUACUGGAUGCUCAUCCAAAAAAUAUGAUGUAUUUACAAACUAGAUCAUUUUCUGGAUCUAUAAUUUUGCAUGGUCAAGAACCAUCUUCUAAAAUUGAAGAAACAGUGAAAAGUAUUAAAGAACAAAAAGAACAAAAGGAAAAGUUAACUGAACACAAACCUCAAACUAUUAUUUCAUCAGCUGAAAAAGCUAUAGUAGAGAAAAAAUCUACAAUAUUGCAAAGAAUUAAGGCAGAAAUAAUGCAUUAUUAUCAUGGUUUUCGAUUACUAGGAUUAGAUAUGAAAAUUUCUGUAAAGUUGAUCUGUAGAAUCUUGCAGGGUAAAGAAUUAAGUAGAAGAGAACAUAGAUUGCUUAUUAAAACAACAGGAGAUAUGUUCAGACUAAUACCUUUCUCCGUAUUCAUCAUUGUACCAUUUAUGGAAUUUUUACUUCCUGUUGCAAUUAAAUUAUUUCCUGGGUUAUUGCCAUCUACUUUUCAAACUGCCACUGAAAAAGAAGAUAAAUUAAAACAAGCUUUGAAGGUUAAAAUUGAAAUGGCGAAAUUUUUACAAAAGACAUUGGAUGAUAUGUCAUUACAAUCAUCAGAUCAUAAAUCCGAAAGAGCCAAAGAGUUUGCUGAAUUUUUUUAUAAAGUUCGUACGACCAGUGCUGUGGCAACUAAGGAUGAAAUUAUGAAAUUCAGUAAACAUUUUGAGGAUGAGAUUACUUUAGAUUCCUUAUCUCGACCGCAAUUAAUUGCUUUAUGUAGAGUAUUGGAUGUACAAACACUUGGUACUACAAACUUUUUACGUUUUCUGCUUAGAAUGCGGUUGAGAAGUCUUGCUGCUGAUGAUAAAUUAAUUCAAAAAGAAGGUAUAGAUAGUUUAACAAGGAGUGAAUUACAACAAGCCUGUAGAGCACGUGCAAUGCGAGCAUACGGAUUGCCAGAUGCUAAGCUAAAGGAACAGCUAUUACAGUGGUUAGAUUUGAGUUUAAUUAAAAAAGUUCCACCGUCGUUAUUGCUUUUAUCUCGAGCACUUAUGGUACCUGACACCAUUCCUAUGUCAGAUAAAUUAAAAGCAACUAUAUCAGCAUUGCCUGAAACUGUGGUUGCACGUACUAAAUGUGCUAUUGGAGAAAAAGAAGGGAAACUGGAUCAUAGAGCAAAUAUUGAAAUUAUCAAAAUGGAAGAACGUAAAAUUGAAGAAGAAAGACAAGAACAAAAAGAAACGGAAAAGAAAGGAGCAGAACCAACCAUUGCUUUUACGGACGAUUCUAAAAAAGAUGAAAUUACAACAACUGAUGUAAAAGUUAUUGAGCAAGCACUUGAUACAUUAGACAAGGAUAAAAAGAAAAUGUCUGUAGAAAAAGAAGAAUUGAAAGAGCUUAAGGAAGAGAUGGCAGAGUAUCAAGAAGAUGUUCAAGAAUUAUAUCAAAUUAAAGCACAAGCAAAGGGUGAAGUAGACAUUGAAAAUAUAAAAAUAUCCAAAGGAGCCAACAGAUUAUUCAAUAAAGUUAAUAAGAUGAUUCAAAAGAUGGAUGCAGUUUUAUUGGAACUAGAACAGUCAGAGAAACAAGUUAAAGAGAAAAUACAAGCUUUAAAUUCAGAAGAAAAAAACAAUAGUAAAGCUGUCGAACAACUAGUGAAAAUAGAUGAACUAAUUGCAGCUAUAAAAAAUAUACAAAAUGUACCAGAUGAACACAGAUUAAAAAUAAUAGCAGAAAUACUAGGGAAAAUUGAUGAUGAUAGAGACGGUGCUAUUAAAAUUGAAGAUGUAUUGAAGGUUGUAGAACUUAUAGGAAAGGAAGAUGUAAAAUUAAAUAAAAAACAAUUAGAUGAACUAAUUGACAUGAUGGACAAGGAAGAAAUUUUAGAAGCAGACGAGCAAAUUAAGAAAAUUUUACAAAAAGAAAAUGCAGCAACGCAAGAACUGCCUGUUUCAUCAGUUUCAAUGAAACCAACUACAAAAGAAGAAAACUUGGCAAAAGAAGAAUUGAAAGAUGAUAUUUACGAGCCUAAAAAAAAAUUUAAAAUUUCAUCCAUUGAUGAAAGUAGUACAGAAAAACCAACAGAAAUUUUAAAAAGUAAUUCCAAAUCCAAUGUCACAAAUCCAUCAUUAACACCAAGUAUUCCUCCCACAACAAAACAAACAGAAGGUUCUAAGCAACUAUGAUCAUCGCACAAUGAAACAUAAAUUAAUAUAUUUUAUUUUCAAAGUAAUUUUUCUACUUUGCUCAGAAGAACGUACAAUAUAGAAAUAAUUAUUUCUAAGAAACCCAGUUUAUUCUGGUGUUUUCAUAUUAUAAUUUUUUGCAAAAAUUGAUUAUUUAGGGAAAGCCUAAAAUAUAAAGAACUUGUGAAAAUGGUCUGUACAUAGUACAUAAAGAUGCUUACAUCUAAAUACUAUAUUGUAUACAUUUGUAUAUUAUAUGCACAUAGCUCCAGUGAUAAGUUAAUACAAGAUAGAUUAUCUUUGAAAUAAUUUUUAUUUAUGAAUGAAAAAGCUAAAGUCUUUUCAUUAAGACUGUGAUGCAUUUAACAGCAUCUGUUGUAAUUCUUCGUUCUGUAAAUGGUGGACACAUCUGUGCUGGUCACAAGUGACACACAUAUUAAUAUUGGAUACAUAAAAUUUCAUGUCUAAAAAUAA